AUGGCCAAACUCAACCCAACCCCACCCACACAUUUUGUGGAGCGAUUUGAUGCAUUUGGCACUAAAUAUGUUCAUAAAGUUAGGUUAUUUGACAUCAAAAGCGAUCAAGAUUAUGAUAAAGAUCAAGAAGAAGAAGAAGAACUAAUAUCCUGA